AUGGCAAAGCUGAUGAGGCUUGUAGCAAUUGCCGCAGUUUCCAUGUUUCUUCUUGUGACACCAAUAGCACUAGCCAUUGAAGAAGACUUCGGCAAUGAUGUUGAUCUUCUAGAUGCAGAUGUUAUUGAUAACAUCGAUUAUGAUCAAUCAGAGUCCAACUACGACGAAGAAUCAUAUGAUUUUUCACUAUAUUCAGUUUCUGAUCAUAACAAUAAACAAACGUUGGCACCUGAGCCAUACCCUGGAUUUCACACGCAAGUGGGGGAAUGUUUGGAAAAGAUUUCGGAUGAUUGUGGAGUGAUCAUUUUCAAUAGGAUAUUCGAUAGUGGAAAGUAUAGCGAUGUUGAAGAGUGUUGUGGCCAGCUUUUGACACUGGGGAGAAAAUGUCAUAACAUUAUUGUGGAAUCUACUCUUGACAGUCCUGAGUUGAAGGGAGUGAAUAAAAUUGAGGUUUGGGAAAAUAGUGACAAGCUUUGGAAGGAAUGUGGUGCUUCUGCUCCCCUUUAA